AUGUGCCAACAGAGACAUGGUAUCGUGCACGCAUAUGCUCUGCCCUCCGAUUCCGCCGCUGCACACGCGACUAAGCAGCAGAAGCUGCGAGAUCCGGCCCUCCUCGGAAGAGAGCGCCUCGGACAUACAAUCUGGAGAACCAAACGCAAUAGCCUGCCGAACAUCUUUGCUCGCACCCUUCCUUCCAUGAAAGAAGCAGACUCCACUCGCGCCAAGCGCUCUGCACUCAUCCGUUCCGUCUUCGUCUCACCGCAGCUACCUGAGACCGCCGCCGCUGGCCAGAAAAUGGCCGAGCUGCGCGAAUACGUACGCUCUACGGAGUGGGAGGAGACUUUAAGGAGGAUGGUGGAUGUCGCUGCCGCGGCGAGCCUUGCGCUGUAA